AUGGAUGCAGAGAGCGGCCGCGGCGCAGCGAGUGCGCGCAAGAAGUCGUGGCGGUCGGAGCUGGUGCUGGCCUACCAGAGCCUCGGCGUGGUGUACGGCGAGGUGGCGACGUCGCCGCUCUACGUGUACAAGAGCGCCUUCGCCGGCGGCGACAUCGACCACUCCGAGGGCAACGAAGAGAUCUACGGGGUGCUCUCGCUCGUGUUCUGGACGCUCACCCUCAUCACGCUCCUCAAGUACGUGCUCGUCGUCCUGCGCGCCGACGACGACGGCGAGGGCGGCACCUUCGCGCUCUACUCCCUCAUAUGCCGCCGGGUCCGUGCGGGCCUCCUCCCUGGCGUCGGCGACAGUAGCGCUGCCGACGACGACCUCAAGGAGCAGCGCGACGGCGCGCUGCUGCCGCCGCCGGCGUCGACCGUGCGCGCGGCGCUGCAGCAGCGCAGGGAGCUGCAGUGGCUGCUGCUGCUGUUCGCUCUGCUCGGGACGUCCAUGGUCAUCGGCGACGGCGUCCUCACCCCUGCUGUCUCCGUAUUCUCAGCGGUUUCGGGGCUCAAGCUGUCAAUGGUCAAUGAACAGCACCAAUAUGUUCUGCUUCCAGUAACAUGUGUGAUCCUGGUAGGCUUGUUCGCCUUGCAACACUUCGGCACACACAGGGUCGGAUUUCUCUUCGCGCCUAUUGUUUGCCUGUGGCUUCUCUGCAUCAGCACCAUAGGGGUGUACAACAUCAUCGUUUGGAAUCCCCAUAUCUAUAAAGCCCUUUCGCCAUACUACAUGUACAGUUUUAUCCAGAAGACACAGGUUGGAGGCUGGAUGUCACUGGGUGGGAUCCUUUUAUGUGUAACUGGUUCUGAAGCUAUGUAUGCGGACCUUGGACAUUUCUCGCAGUCUUCAAUCAAGAUCGCUUUUACAAUGGUGGUUUAUCCAUCACUCGUGCUUGCCUAUAUGGGACAAGCUGCUUACAUUUCACAGCAUCACAAUUUUGAGAGGAACCACCAUAUUGGAUUUUACAUAUCAGUACCUGAAAAAAUCAGAUGGCCUGUUCUGGGGAUUGCAAUCCUUGCAGCUGUAGUUGGGAGCCAAGCAGUUAUCACUGGCACAUUCUCAGUUAUCAAACAGUGUUGUUCCUUAAAUUGCUUUCCAAGGGUGAAGAUUGUGCAUACAUCCUCCACGGUACAUGGCCAAAUAUACAUACCAGAGAUCAAUUGGAUCUUAAUGAUACUGUGCUUGGCUGUUACUAUAGGCUUCAGAAACACGAAACAGAUGGCAAAUGCACAAGGGUUGGCGGUUAUAACAGUUAUGAUUGUCACAACUUGCUUUAUGUCACUCGUCAUUGUCCUUUGCUGGAACAAGAAUGUUGUAUUUGCUCUUGCCUUCCUUCUUUUCUUUGGUGCAAUCGAAGCUGUCUACUUCUCAGCUUCCCUCGUGAAGUUCCAUGAAGGAGCUUGGGUACCUAUAAUUCUUUCCUUCACUUUCUUGACUGUGAUGUGCGUUUGGCACUAUGGCACAACAAAGAAGUAUGAGUUCGAUGUGGAUAACAAGGUCUCAAUAAGCUGGCUUUUGAAUUUAGGCCCUUCAUUGGGUAUUGUUCGGGUCAGAGGCAUUGGUCUCAUACACACAGAGCUUGUGUCUGGGAUUCCUGCCAUUUUCUCCCACUUCGUCACCAACCUCCCUGCAUUUCAUCAGGUUCUGGUCUUCCUAUGCAUUAAAUCCGUUUCUGUACCACAUGUCCAACCUGAAGAGCGAUUUUUGGUCGGACGCAUUGGCCUGAAACAAUACAGACUAUACAGGGUAGUUGUCCGAUACGGGUACCGGGAUGUUCAGCAGGACAGCCUGGAGUUUGAGAAGGCCCUAGUGAGCAGCAUUGCAGAGUUCAUCCGCUCUGGGGACUCUGACAAAAAUGGUUAUCCGGAUGGUUCAGAGAGUCCCUAUGAGAGGUUGUCUAUUAUCAGCAAAGGCCUGCCAUUUCAAGAGGCCGAUGGUGAGGUUGAGGGAUCACCUGAAUCAUCUGUUCGGAAGGAUACAAACCCAAAUUUAGUAUCUUCCAAGUCGAGGAGGGUGAGGUUUGUGCUCCCAGAAAAUGCGCAGAUCAACAGCGAAGUGUGCAACGAGCUGCAAGAGCUGACUGAGGCAAGAGAGGCAGGCAUGUCCUUCAUCAUGGGGCGCUCGUAUAUGAAGGCGAAAAGUGGGUCUAGCCUGAUGAAGCGGAUUGCCAUAAACUUCAUCUAUGAGUUCCUGAUGAGGAAUAGCCGAGGCCCUGCCUACGCGGCUAACGUGCCACAUGUUUCCACCCUUGAGGUAGGAAUGGUUUGCCAAGUCUGA